AUGGUCGUGCAUCACAACGCGACGUCCGUCACUAUGGAGGUGGACCCGCCGCAGAAUGCCAAUAGCCCGGGCGACCCGAAAACCGCGAACGGAUCGUCGGAGACGGAAAAAGGCGAAGAUUCAGAAUCGUCGGAAGACGGACCCCCUUUGGACGUGGGCGAAAGCUACCUGGUCCGCCGUUACGACGAUACAUGGCGUGAGUAUAAACAACCGACACUAAAUAAAUAAAUAUCGUGUUUUCUCUCGGCGCGCGUUCGUACCCGGCCGGUGAGCCAACGUGAUUCCGGUGCGUGUGUGUGCGGGGCGCGCGCGCGCGCGCGAACACGGCGCGCUCUCGCGUGUGUGUGUGUAUACAGGCGUCCAUGAAGGUGUACGGUUCGUUAGUGUAAGUGCGUGUGUACUGUUAUUAUUAUAGGUGUAUUAUAGUAGGUAUGGUAUUGGUAAAGGGAGACCGACCAGUCCACUAUACACAGCUUUACUGAUGUGUUAUGAACUGACGAAAUGUUGUGUAAUCUCCGUGCCGGCGCGCAACAUGUGAUUGUAAUAAUUUUUAACGUUGUCGUCGUCGUCGCCGCCGCCGCCGUCCUGCCGUUUGAACUUUGGCGGUGGUAUUGUUGAUGUUUUUUUUUUUAUUAUUAAUUCUGGAAAAAUAAACGUCCCACCGGAACGAGACGAGCAUCCGCACCGACCGGUCUACCGAUGACCGGCGUGAAACGUUGCGCGCGAUUCUUUUGUUCUCCGCGCACACGAGACUCCAGCGCGGCGCGCCAUCGCCAAACCGCCACCCCUCGCCUAGCCGUGGUUUUCGCCGCGCGUUCGCCACUGCUGCCGGUCGCCGCCACCGGUGUUGUCAAUACUGUCGUAGUCCCCCGACCUUCGUUUAUUAUAAACAAUAAUAUUUUAUUAGUGUGUACACUUACUACUAUUAAUACGCGUCGACGAUGACGUUUUUUGUUGUCGCGGGAAGGCGUGUUAUGGUUUCGCCGGUCUCUUUCUCCUUCCACUUUGAUAUCGUUGGCCAUUAAGCGCCGCUUACCCGCGUAUUUUUCGACCGCGCAAUAAUUUUCCCUCGCUCUCCGUACCGGCCGGUCAGUUCGGCCGGCCGUUGUUAUCAUAGUUACGCUACUAUUCGUCACACUUUACCUCUCUUCCUCGCUCACCUAUCGCCGUGUGUUUUCUUUUCCCCGUCCAAUAACUUUUUUGCUAUCGGAAAAUCGCUUUUAUUUCACUCAUCGUAAACUCUUCGACGUUUUCGGUUUCUUAUUGCAACGAAAAACAAAGAGCGAUUUUUUUUUUAUUUGUAACCCAUUUUCGCUGUACCGUAUUAUGCAUUUUAACACAGUCUUCCCACAUACACUCCGGAACACACGACGUCAUAGAUAUUGAUUUUAUUAUUUAUAUUUUUAUUUGUCUGCACAUGGAAAAAGAGAGAUAGGAACUUAUUUUGUAAUAUAUGUGAUAUAGUAAUUUAUGAACGGGAACAAUAUUAAAUAUUCCUAGUAAUUUAGCUGAUACAAUAAUAACAGUUGCAUUUAACAUGUGAAUAGUAAUGUUUUUUUAUUUCAUUUUAAUUUGAUACAAUUCAAGAUAAGAAAAUAUGUUCAUUUUAUUUUAAAAUAUAAAUCAUCUACCUAUAUUUUAUCAAUUUUAAAUGUGUAAUAGUAUAGGUUUUUGUUAUUAUUUUUUUAUUUUUAUGUUAAAUUAAAGUAUAAAAUUUACUUGAUUGUAUAUCAUAUUGUUUUUAAUAAACAUUAAAUAUUAUUCGAAUGACUCAUACAUACAUUUUAUAAUGUAUCAAUAUUAGUGAAUUACUUCCUUACUUUUUACAUGACCGUAAUACAUUUAUACCUAGAAAUACAUCAAUCUAUUAAUGGAUUUUACUUCAUACUAUUACCUGAAGAAUGCUGUGCUUGAUAGUUUUGGUUACCAUGACAAGGUCUAGCCUUUAGAUACUGAUGAUAGACACAGGUUUUUUUUAAUAAAACCAGAACUCUUAUGAGAACUUGGAUUGUGUAUUGUAUUUUAAAAUAUGCAUUCUAGAACCCCGUAGGUGAACUGUAGGAUUAAUAUUUUUGUUUUUCCCAGUAAGUUUUGCUAUUUAGUAAGUAUUACUACGAUUUCUUAUAAUUUGCAUACCUUAUUAUAUUUUAAUAAUAAUAAAGCAAAUAUUUAGGGAGAUUGAUUGUUUAUUUUUAUAGUUGAUCAUUUGUUCAUUUGUUCAUAAUGGAACUAACUAUAACCAGAAAGGUAGGCUGCAUUGACUUUAAUAAUACUUUCUCUAUAGCAUGUGUUAGGUAAAAAGGAUAGCAAAUAAAAUGUGAAUAUAGUUUAUUUUAAAUUUUUCUCAUUUACUAACUUUAAAAAUACAAAAUGAUUUUCUAGUAAAAUUGCAUUUCUUCCAUGCUCCUUUAAAUUGGUCUAUCUAUACAAUAUUUACUUAUUUAAACCUAACAUUUCGAUUAAUCAAUCGAUCAAUUUAUCCAGGUAAUUUCGGUAAUUCAACCAUUUUGUUGAAUUACCAAAAUUUUACCCUAAACAAAUUUUUGCAUUUACAAUUAUAGCUCAACAAUUAUACAAUUAAUACAAUAUAUUUUUUAAGUAUAAAUGCUAAAGCCAGCUUCCAAUAUAAAAGCUAUAAUUAGAUUGAUAACUAGUUCUAAAUUAUAGUUAAAAAUAGUAAAACAUGUUUGGGGUGAUAUUAAGGGCUUUUAUGGAAUUAAACAAAAUAUAGUGGUUUAUGUUUAGAGAAGGACAAUCAAAAAGAAUAUGGGAUAUGACUUUCUGUUGAAUGUAAAGUGUAAAGCGGAGAGUUGUUAAAAUCAAGUUUGAAUGUGUGCGCGGGUAAAAGUGUAUGACCUGAAUGUAGACGAUUGAAUUGUACAAUAGUUGAUCUAGAUAGAUGUAGGUUGUUAAACCAAGUUUUAUGAGGAAUAAUUGGAAAACUAUGUUUAUAUCUGGCAGCAAAUUCUGCUGGAAGAUUUGACCAAUGGGAGGACCAGAAUUGUUUUUAUGUGGUAACGUAUAAAAGGGGCGAUAUGAGAGAGUUUGCAGAUUAAAUUGGACAUAGAUUUGGCUAGACUUUUGGCUACCUCAUUUCCAUGUAUUUGACUAGGGAUGACUAUGUGACUAGGGAUCCAAAGAAAUUGAAUGUAAUAGUUUGAUUGGUGAAGAUUGAAGGUAAAUUAUUUAUUGCAAAGAACUAGGAGAAAGAUGUAAAUUAAAAAGACCCUGAAUAACUUAUUUUGCAAAAUUGUCGGUUAAUCAAAUAUAUUUGUAAUUGUUCUUAGAGUGAUGAGAAAAGAUAGUAUACAAGAUGAGUACAUAAGAGGUAACUUAGGCAUGGCUUCUAUAGUAGACAAAAUGAGUAGACUGAGAUAGUUUAGAGAUGUCAUGGUAAUAGAGGAAUCGGAAGCAGUAUGAAUUGUAAUUAAAAUAAGUGAAGAAGAAAACUGAAGCUGGUGUAUGCGAGGUGGGAGAUUGGGUUAAUUGGAAGUUUAGAACAAGUAUGUCUGACCUCAAAUAGUUGGGAUGAAGGCAAAAGAAAAAGAUUUGUAAUUCUUUAAUAACUAUUUUUCAAUCCUUAGGUGAUUACAUAUUGAAAAAAUCUUUUCUAAGCAAUUGGCCACAAUGUAUUAUGGAACCUCUGUGCAAUGUUUUUUAAUGGGUUGUACUUUGCCCUUUUGUCAGUUUCUUCAAAUGUUUAUUUUUUUUAUAGGUACUUAGAGUGUUUGUAUUUGUUAUAUAUCUUAGUAUUCAAUUUGCUUUAAUUUUUUUUUUCCAAUCUAAUUAUGUCAGGGACACAAUGUAUAAAGAAAAAUAUAUUUUUUAUUUACAUUCCCUAAUCAUUUAAACAUUUUAUUUGCUCAAUUUUCAAAAUAACCAAUUUGUAAAAUAUAUUUUUCUAAACAUUUAAUGUUCCUAUCAUACAUGUAUACCUAAUCAAUAUAAGAAAUUAUUCAUCAGAUACGCAUGUAUGUUAAAUUAAAAUGUUCAGAAUAUAUAUUAUUAAUCAGCUAUUUUGAAAAUUAUGAAAAGUAAACCAAUAGAAAAUUAUUUUUUAUUGAUAAUAAAAAUGUAUUUAUUUAGAAAAUUAGUAUAGGUUGAAAGUUUUUAAAUAAAUUGAAUAUUAACAGCGAUAAAAAUUUUGUGGAAUACAGUGGGAAAGAUUUAGAUAGAUAAAUUUAUUGUAUAAAAAUUAACUUACCUAAAUAUAUUGUGCUGUCCUGUUUUAAGACUCAGAAACUAGGUAUAUAAAAAAAAUAAAACAUUUUUAGAUACAUAAAUAAUUAAGUAGGUACUGAUGAUAUUUUAGCCAAAUUAUUUUUCAUCAUUUUCUCAAUUAAAACGUCUAGCAAUUUCUGAAAAACUGAAACAUGAUUAAAAGAGCUUUAAUAAACAUUGACACUUUAAAUUCUCUAAUCAUAAUGAUUUGUUAAUAUUUUUACUUUAUUGAAUUAAUCAUGUAGUUAAAUAUUUCAAUUUUAAUUUAUUGUUGUAUAGAUCCUGCUGAAAUUUUACACACAAGAUUUAAUGAUCAAGAACAUCAUUUUGAGUACUAUGUGCAUUUUGACGGAUACAAUAGAAGAUUGGAUCAAUGGGUACGAAGAGAUAGGUAAGAUUCAUUUAAUGUUACAUUAACUGACAGUUUAUAAAUAAUAAAAUUAUGAUUCAAGAAUUAUGAGUUCAACGUUUGAUAUUUCGGACAAAAAAUGGAAACAAAAGGAUAAUAACAAGUUUCCAGAUCUUCUAAAUCAAUGCGAUAGAAAGAUCACAAGGAAUCAAAAACGAAGACAUGAUGAGAUCAAUCAUGUUCAAAUGGUAAAGUUUUAUAAUUGUAUUACACAGUUGAGCUUAUAUUAAUCUUAUUUUUUAUUUUAACUAGUCUUAUGCAGACAUGGACCCAACUACAGCUGCAUUGGAAAAAGAGCAUGAGGCUAUCACAAAAAUUAAAUACAUUAAUAGGGUGCAGUUGGGAAAAUAUGAAAUUGACACAUGGUACUUCAGUCCAUUUCCAGCAGAAUAUCAGAAAGAAUCUAAAAUUUGGAUUUGUGAAUACUGUUUGAAAUAUACUAAGUUAGAAAAAUCAUUCAAGUUCCAUAUGGUUAGUUAACAGUGAAUUACUCCUGAGAUUAUCUCUCUUUAUUUAAUAAUAAAAAAACUUGUUAUUUUUAGAGUCAAUGCAAAUGGAGACAACCUCCCGGUACAGAAGUGUAUCAUAAAGGUUCAUUAUCCAUCUGGGAAGUAAAUUCCAGUCAAUACAAAAUGUACUGUCAAAAUCUUUGUCUAUUGGCCAAGUUGUUUUUAGACCAUAAGACUUUAUAUUUUGAUGUUGAGCCAUUUUUGUUUUAUGUCCUCUGUGAAGUUGAUAAAGUUGGUGCGCAUUUAGUUGGGUAUUUUUCAAAAGUAUGUAUAGAAAUUUAUAAAAUAUACAUUUAGGGCGGAUUUCACCAACUACUUUAAUCACAAUUAACAGACUUAAUCACGAUUCAUGCAGCUAACCGAAGAUUUUGCAUUUCACCAAGUCUGGUUAAGUGUAACUGCUGUAUAAUCAGGAUUAAGAACUAACCGCCCGAAUUUGGUCGAUUAGCUUUAUUAAUUGCGGUUAACAUUAUUAAUUAUUAUCAACAAGGUAUAUUUUUCUAAUUUGUUUUUAUUUGAGUGUUUUGUUUUAAUUAAUAUUAUAAAAUUAAAAAGCUCAAACAUAUUUUCCAAAUUUCCAACUUAUAUUUUUAAUUUUCCUUAGCGUUUUCAAACUGUGGCAGUCUUGUGAAUUUAUAGACUAUGCUGCUUCGAACUUCUCAGCAUUUUUUAUGCUUAUUCUGUCAAUAACAGUGAAGAGCUCAGGUACAAUAUGCAAUAGAAUUUAUUCUCGGAAAUGUGUUCUCCCUUUAUUUUAACAUGUUUUCCAUUCUUCAGUAUUCUUCAUAAUUGACAAAUAAUAAAAAUCACAAAACACAAGAGUAAACAUAAAAUAUUAAUAUUGUCGUUUAUCACCUUGGCAUAAUAUUAUGUUAUAGCUGUCUUAAUAAUAACAUUAAUCGUGAUUAGUUAGUGUUGUGAAAUCCAAAUGUUGAUAAAUCAUGAUUAACCCUGAUUACUUUAAUCAUGAUUAGUGUAUUUUUUGUGAAAUCUGUCCUUAAAAUUGUAUAGUAAAUACUAAUUAACGUGUUAUUUGAUUUUUAGGAAAAAGAUUCACCAGAUUGCAAUAAUGUAGCAUGCAUAUUGACCUUGCCACCUUUUCAGCGACAAGGCUAUGGUAAAUUGUUAAUAGCAUUCAGUUAUGAGUUGAGCAAGUUGGAAGGUCUUGUAGCCAGUCCUGAAAAGCCAUUGAGUGAUCUUGGUAAAUUGUCUUACAGAUCUUAUUGGUCAUGGGUACUGUUGGAAAUCUUGAAAAAUGCAUGUGGAUCAUUAUCAAUUAAAGAUCUAAGGUAUGAGUUUGUCGCCUUAGUGAUAAGGAUACUGUAUCACAUAAUAAUGAUUUAUUAAUGUAUUGUAGUGCGAUGACCAGUAUUACCCAGACAGAUAUCAUAUCAACAUUACAGUCUAUGAACAUGGUCAAGUAUUGGAAAGGUCAACAUGUAAUUUGUGUAACGCCAAAGAAUGUUGAACAAUUGGUCAGUUCAGAGCAGUACAAAAAACCAAGAUUCAUUUUGGACGGAAGUGCUAUUAAAUGGACACCGAAAAAGUACAAUCCUCGACCUGGGCCAUCUAGACAUUCAAGGUCACAAUACUUGUCUGGCUAA